AUGGCACUCUUCAAGAUUGUGUUCUCUUUGCUGCUGCUGGCUGCUGCAGAGGAGUGCGACAACUCUGAGCGUGAUGAGGUGCAGCUCCUGCAAGCCCAGGAUAAGGGCAGAGAGAUUCAGCCAGAUUGGACCAAGAUCGUCGAUGCUGCCAAAACUGCAGUGAAUUCAGGCAUUGGAAAGGUGACCACCCAAUUGUCUGAUGCUCUCGACACUGCGAACACGAAAAUUCUGGCUGCUGGCACAAAGUUCAAUCAAUCCGUGGAGAAAUUCGAAUCCAAAGCCAAUGCAAACUUCACCGUGAGCCAGAACCUUUCAGCGUUCAAGAGUCUUAUCGAUGCCAAUGUCAAGCAGUUCGUCCCGUCCUACAACACGACCCUGAAACAGGUCACAACUGGACUUGCAACCACCAAGACCGUUAUGGGAGCAAUGGGCCAGAAGGAGUUGGCAGAGAAAUUGGAGAAAUUAGAGGGCACUGUCACCGACAAUUUGAGAGCCCUGGCGGAUUCAACCCAGGCCAUGGCGCAAGAUAUGACACAGGCUACAGCAGAUAACUAUGGUGACUACUUUGCCACAAUGAAGAAGAAGUUGCAAUUUAUCUCUUCAACCAGUGCCUCUUUCAAGAGCACCUUCGAGUCACAGUUGGAGGCCUUCUCAGGUGCCUUGCUCGGACCCUUGGAGGUUGCACUUGGGGAUAAAGCUUCAACUCAGAUCAGUGACCUCACGGCAAAGGCGGACCUCGUUCUUGGCAAUUUGCAGCAAGUGGUGGGAAACUACAGCCAGGGCUUGAAGACCAUCGGAGAGACCGUUGAUGUGAAGCUGCAGAAUACCAACAGUGAAGGCUUCUUUGGCAAGAUCUUCCACGGCCUCUUUCGCUGA